UGACACCCGGCGGAAGUAAACAACACAAACGCUAGGACGAUAUUGUCGUUGUAGCGCAGCUACUUAUUUAAUUUAUAAUUGAGCAACAAUGUCUUCAGUUGAGUAUUUGAGAGAGUUUGUGAACGAGCGGUUGACUGCUGCUGCUGAGGAAAUAUUUAGAGUUUUUCAGAACUCUAUCGUCCAGUAUGAAGAGGAGAUCCACCGGCAGCGCACACUCUUGGAUGUCGUUUGGAAACCCGAAAUAAAGAUACACAGGAUAGAGCUCCUACAGCAACAUGUCUGUAAGGAGGAGGACCAGGGGCUCUGUAUUCAGGAAAGGAACUCCAGUCUGGAUCAGGAGGACCCAGAGUCUCCACAGAUCAAAGAGGAACAGGAGGAACUGUGCAUCAGUCAGGAGGGAGAGCAGCUUGUACUGAAGCAGGAGACUGAUGCCUUUAUGUUGACUCCUGCUCAUGAGGAAAGUGACCACAGUGAGGAUCUGACUCUGAACUUCAGUCCUAAUAACACCCUCAGUGCAGCACAGAAAGAGUCUGUAGUCAAUAUAGCAGUUAAAAGUUCUGUGCGAUCAGAAGCAGGAAGUGACCACCAGCUCCUUCCUCACGACACUCAUGUAGCUGAGAGCCAAGAUCAGGAAGGAGGCGAUCAUGGAGACUCAGGAUCAACUACAGACGCAGAGCCAACACCACAGAAGAGACAUCAUGAAAGUGAAAGUCACAGUAACAAUGUACAAAACCCUGCCACUUCAGAGAUUGACUGUAAUUCUCAGACAGCUAAAAAUCUUUUCCAAUGUGACACUUGUGGGAAAGCUUUUAAGUUUAAGUCCCGUUUGCAGAGACACCUGAUCACACACACAGGUGAACGGCGGUCUUACUUUAAGACUUUAAAAUGUGACACGUGUGGGAAAGCUUUUAACUUUCAGUCCAACUUGGACAUGCACCUGAGGACUCACUCGGGUGAGAAGCCAUACCUGUGCAACACCUGCGGAACAAGAUUCAGUCAGAAAUCCUCAUUGAACAUUCAUAUAAGGAUUCAUACAGGUGAGAGGCCCUAUUUGUGUAAUACCUGCGGGAAAAGCUUCAGUCAGAUGUCAGCACUGAACACUCAUAAAAGAAUCCAUACAGGUGAGAGACCAUAUACAUGCAAAACUUGUGGGAAAGCUUUCAGACUUAGUAGUGAUUUGACAGUCCACAUGAGAAUCCACACAGGGGAGAAACCAUAUACCUGCAUAACAUGUGGGAGAGCCUUCAGACUCAGUGGUGCCCUGACAGACCACAUGAGAAGAGCCCACACCGGCUGAGAGGCAAGAUUACAUACAAGCAUUUGGCCUUGUGUCUGCAAAAUAAUUAGGGGACAACUCAGUUGAAGCGGUUGAUGGUCAAAACCUACAGGAGAGCCACACAAUUGCAGGAUUUUGGGAAAAACCCAAAUCAAGCAGUUAAGAAACAGCUGGUCGGUGUACGCAUAAUGUGAUUUUGCCAAGAAGGACAUGCCCCUGGAUCAACAUCCCACAUCGCGUUCCAGGAACAACAUUGCAAUCAACCAAUCACAGCCCUCUGACAUCAUCAUCGUGCCACUCCAUUGCUUCAUCAGAGCUAAGCUAGUUUUUCCAAAUUGAAGUUAGUACAAUUAAACAAAAUCCUCAGUAAUGUUGAACAAAAAUCUUUAAAGCUACUGCAGUGUUAGCGAGUUAGCAUAGUCAACCUAGUUAGCAAGCUAACUCGCUAACCCUUCAGUAGCAUAAAAGGUUUUUGUUCAAUGUUACUGAGGAUUUUGGACAAUUGUACUAACUUCAAUUUGGAAAACUAGCUUAGCUCUAAAGAAGCACAAAGGACUUUGUAAGAGACACAGGAGCAGAACGCUGAUGAUGUCAGAGGGCUGUGAUUGGUUGAUUGCAGUGUUGGUCCAGGAACACGAUGUGGGAUGUUGAUUUUUUUGAUUGAGAAACCUACUGAGCUGUAACUCCUACAGAAAUGUGUUCACCAACUGAAUAAAGUACAAGUACACUUUUGCAAUAGCUACAGCUCUGUAACUGCAUGUUAUGUCAUUAUCUUAAUGUGAAGUUUGCCUUCGUGUGAUUGUAUAUUCCUGUUAGCAACAGUAUUUCUUUGACACAAUCAUAAACUCCCAAAUCAAGGGCAAAUGUUUUCAUAAUGAGCGUAAUGUGGUUGUUAUUAAAAUUAUACUGAAAGUCCCCUACGGCAGUGGUUCCCAACUGGUUCAGCCAUGGGGUCCAGAUUUCUCUCUAGGCAUUAGUUUAGGGUCCACACAGUUUAAUACACUCAGUAUCAUACUUGCGUUUGGCCAUGUAGUAGUUUGCUGUCUCUGUCAAGUAACUGUCUGUUGGUUACGGCACUUCAAAAUAAAAGUUUGGUGCCGGAAAUUCACUGUACUUAAAAAUAGUGUGUUUUUUACAAACUUGAUAUGUUUGCGAGUCAUUUGCGGUCCAUUCAGAAUGGACCCGCGGCCCACUUUUGGACCACGACCCAUCAGUUGGGAACCACUGCCCUAAGGCAAAUUGUGAUUUUUGAUAAUGUAAAUAAAACUGACUUGAC